UGUCUCCGCAGUGAUGGCGCAGGGCGGAGCUCCGGCUUGUGUAGUACGUGUGCUUCGGUGCUUCACAGCCAGCAGCCAGCUUGCGGCCAGUAAGCUAAAACUACAGCUGAAUUGAAGUGAGAAUCAUGGUGCUGCUUGAAAAUGACUCGUUCCUCACAGAGCUCACUCGGCUGUUCCAGAAGUGCAGAACAUCUGGCAGUGUUGUAAUCACGCUAAAGAAAUAUGACGGGAGGACCAAACCAGCGCCCCGAAAGGGUCACGCAGAGUCAUUUGAACCAGCAGACAACAAAUGUCUCAUCAGAGCAUCUGAUGGCAAGAGGAAAAUUAGCACAGUGGUGAGCACGAAAGAAGUAAUCAAGUUUCAAAUGGCAUACUCCAACCUUCUAAGAGCUCACAUGGAUGGACUAAAGAAGAAGGAUAAGAAAAACAAAAGCAAGAAAACCAAAGCCACCCAAUGAGCAGCAGACUCUUUAACAUAACCAUGGGUACCUAAACUGGCCUGUACUAUUUGAGGGAAUGGGAAAGGCCUCCACUUGGUCUGUUGCCCCAUCCGGCUUACUUCUCGUUCACCUGAGGCCUCAGAAUCACUGUUCAUCUACCUGGUGACUGCUUUGAUAUUAUGCCAUUGUUUGCAUGAUGACGUCUCAUUCCUGGUCGGUCGGUGCCAUCGGUGAUCUGGAACAGAAGACCUGAGGAUUUCAUACAGGAUGAGGAAAGUCAACUUUUCUGCUUCAGAACCAGGUCAUCAAUGGCUGCAUUUCCAUCUGGAGCCAAAUCCAUGGAGCCCAAUGAUUCUUGCCUUUCACACUAUUUAAUUGUUAGAGUCCCUAUUUAUGUUACAUUUACGGCCAACCUGUGAGCUGUGCUGCCAUGUCUCAAUUCGACUGCAUUUCAAGAAGAAUGUCCAGUCAUUGAGAUUUUUUAUUUUAAAGAUGAAAAUCAUUUGAGAUUACUGUUAAGUUGCUUGGAAAUGCAGAACUAAAUCAUUUCCUCUACUUUUAAAACACAUUUUACUGUAUUUGACUUUUUUUUUUUAAUUGAAUUUACCUUUUUUUGAAGUACAAUGUGUAUUAUUUCGCCCCCUUGUUUUGAAUCAUGGUUGCAUACCAAGCUUUUGAAAUCAUUAAACACCAAUAAAAUGUUCUGUGUAGCUUCAGCUAAUGUGGUUAAUUGAAAUGUGAUGGUACCUUUUCUGAAUGAGUUGAAUAGCACAAUAAACACGUUAAAUUGUA